GCCCCAGGAGGAGCGUGAACGCGCCUGUGUGAGUGGCCGCACUGAUUAGCAAGCCAGAGAGGAGUUUACAGCGACCGUCACCGAGCUGCGAAGGACUGCGUUUUUAAUUACAUCUGAACAGCUAACACGCUCGGAUAAAAAAAAAUGCGCAACUCUUCAGCACGGACUUGAAUUUCGAGGAGUUGUUCGGAGGUGAGCGGCGGGAGAGAGAGAGAGAAGAAGAAGAAAACAUUUAUUCAGUGGGAAUGCAGGGAAUUAAAUAGAGACUUAAGCAUUUUGUGUGGCUACAAGUGCUGCAGCACAUCCUGAGAAGAAGAGAAAGCUCCGGCUAUAACUUGAGCUCCACUUAUUAUUUACUUCAGCCUUCACGUCUGGAGUUGUAAUGUCUUGAAUCGGUUGCCCCACCAGCCCAGUGAAGGACGUGCCAGUGCCAGGCCGCUGCUAAUGGGAACUCCUGCUCCGCCAUGAGUGCUCGUGAUGGCGUUGGUGGCGUCGGUGGCAUGGGCACCCUCGGUCGGCGGCAGCGCUUUGAGAACUCAGAGUUCACUGUCCGCAUCUACCCAGGCGCCCUGGCUGAGGGCACCAUCUACUGCCCGAUCAGCGCUCGCAAGACCACCACAGCCGCUGAGGCCAUCGAACGCGUCAUCGACCGCCUGCAGCUGGACCGCACCAAGUGUUACGUUCUGGCUGAGGUGAAGGAGUUCGGUGGAGAAGAAUGGAUCCUGAACCCCAGCGACUGCCCCGUGCAGAGGAUGAUGCUCUGGCCCCGCGUGGCACUGGAGCACCGCCCCCUGUCCGGCGGCGAGGAUUACCGCUUCCUCCUGCGACUGAAGAACCUGGAUGGUUCCAUUCACUAUGGUGGCAGCCUCCAGAUGUGGCUACAGGUCACAGAGGAGCGCAGGCGCAUGGUGGAGCGCGGACUGCUUCCGCAGCCUGAAUCUCAGGGCGACCACGCAGAUCUGUGCCACCUACCAGAGCUCAAUGAGCGCUCGCUGCUGGACAACCUGCGCUCACGCUUCCGCCACGAAAAGAUCUACACCUAUGUCGGAAGCAUCCUCAUCGUCAUUAACCCCUUCAAGUUCCUGCCCAUAUACAAUCCCAAGUAUGUGAAGAUGUAUGAUAAUCAUACACUGGGAGACUUGGAGCCACAUAUUUACGCAGUGGCGGAUGUUGCUUACCACGCCAUGCUGCAGAGACAAAGUAAUCAAUGCAUUGUUAUAUCCGGGGAGAGUGGCUCUGGGAAAACGCAAAGCACAAACUUUCUCAUUCAUCAUCUGACCGCUCUCAGCCAGAAAGGUUUCGCCAGUGGAGUGGAGCAGAUAAUCUUGGGGGCAGGGCCUGUACUAGAGGCAUUUGGGAACGCAAAGACAGCCCACAAUAACAACUCAAGUCGCUUUGGCAAGUUCAUUCAGGUGAACUACCAGGAGAGCGGCACUGUGAGAGGAGCAUAUGUGGAGAAGUACCUCCUGGAGAAGUCGAGGCUGGUCUAUCAGGAGCACAAUGAGCGAAACUACCAUGUCUUUUACUACCUGCUGGCAGGAGCGAGUGAAGAAGAGAGGACGGCCUUUCACCUCUUGAAGCCUGAAGAAUACCAUUACCUCAGUCAGAUGACAAAGAGAACCCACCGACUGCACUGGGACAGUUACUGUGAGAGUGAACCGGACUGCUUCACGGUUGAAGGAGAGGACCUGAAGCAUGACUUUGAGAGGCUUCAGCUAGGGAUGGAGAUGGUGGGCUUUCUUCCUGCCACGCGCAAACAGAUCUUCUCCCUGCUGUCAGCCAUCCUCCACCUGGGCAACAUCCGCUACAAGAGGAAAACGUACAGGGACGACUCCAUCGACAUCUGUAACCCGGAGGUGCUGCCUGUCGUCUCAGAACUGCUGGAGGUCAAAGAAGAGAUGCUGUUUGAAGCUCUGACAACACGGAAGACAGUUACUGUGGGAGAGAAGCUGAUCGUUCCUUACAAGCUUGCAGAGGCUGGUACGGUGCGAGACUCCAUGGCGAAGUCGCUAUACAGCGCUCUGUUUGACUGGAUCGUCUUCAGGAUCAACCACGCUCUGCUCAACAUCAAGGACCUUGAGGAGACAACCAAGAUCUUGUCCAUUGGAGUGCUGGACAUUUUUGGUUUUGAGGACUAUGAGAACAACAGCUUCGAACAGUUCUGCAUCAACUUCGCCAACGAACGUCUCCAGCAUUACUUCAACCAGCACAUCUUCAAGCUUGAACAAGAGGAAUAUAGGGCAGAGGGCAUCAGCUGGCGAAACAUCGACUACAUCGACAACACAGGCUGCAUCAACCUGAUCAGCAAGAAGCCCACAGCGUUGUUCCACCUCCUGGAUGAAGAGUGCAACUUCCCUCAAGCCACCAACCAGACUUUGUUGGAUAAGUUCAAGCGGCAACAUGAGGGAAACAGCUACAUCGAGUUCCCCGCUGUCAUGGAGCCCGCCUUCAUUAUCCGACACUAUGCUGGCAAGGUCAAGUACGGUGUCAAGGACUUCAGGGAGAAGAAUACAGACCACAUGCGCCCGGACAUUGUGGCUCUGUUGAAGAGCAGUAAGAACGCCUUCAUCUGCGGGCUGAUCGGCAUCGACCCAUCAGCCACCUUCCGCUGGGCGGUACUCCGAGCCUACUUCAGGGCCCUGGUGGCUUUCAGAGAGGCUGGGAAGAGACACACGCAGAAGAAGACUGGGCAUGAUGACGCUGCUCCCUGUGCAGUUUUGAAAAGUGUGGAUAGUUUUAGCUUUCUGCAGCACCCUGUGCAUCAGAGAAGCUUAGAGAUCCUGCAGAGAUGCAAAGAGGAGAAGUACACUCCAGAUGAGAGUGAAAAUGUUGUACAAAGUGAUGAAAGUGAAAACGGUGUGACCAGAAAGAGUCCACGUACACCGCUGUCAGACCUUCAGGGGAGCAACACCAUCAAUGAGAAAUCACCACGGGGUUCUCCGGGCCUCGGCUGGAAUGGGCGCGUUGGUCGACAGAGCCGCUUAUCUUCCAGCAGCUCCACUACCACAGAAGAAGACGGCAUCUUUGUCAACUCUGCCAGCAGCAAGCUUCUGGAGAGAGCCCACGACAUCCUUAUGAGGAACAAAAACUACAAAUCUAAGCCCAUUCUUCCGAAGCACUUACUUAAUGUCAAGUCACUGAAGUACCUCAGCAACUUGACGCUUCACGACCGCAUCACAAAGUCACUGCUUCACCUCCACAAGAAGAAGAAACCACCCAGUAUCAGCGCACAGUUCCAGGCCUCUCUCAAUAAGCUAAUGGAGACCCUGGGUCAGUCUGAGCCUUAUUUUGUCAAGUGCAUCCGUUCCAAUGCAGAGAAGCUGCCCUUACGGUUUAACGAUAACCUGGUGCUGAGGCAGCUGCGUUACACUGGUAUGCUGGAGACUGUGCGCAUCCGGCAAUCAGGCUACAACAUCAAGUACAGCUUCGAGGAUUUCGUCCAUCACUUCUGCGUGCUGCUCCCAGAGAGCACCAGCGCUACCAGAGAAGGCAUCCAGCAGUGUCUGGACCAGCUGGACCUGGCACCAGAUGGUUACCAAGUUGGCAAGACAAUGGUGUUUUUGCGGGAGGGUGAGCGUCAGCAGCUGCAGGCCUUACUCCACAGUGAAGUUCUCAGGCUCAUCGUCAUGCUGCAGCGGCGAUUCAGAGCCCGGCUGGAGAGGAAGCAGUUUGUCAGGAUGAGAGAGGCAGCGAUCUGCAUCCAGAAAUUUUGGCGUUUGUACCGGCCCACAGAAGAGGAGGAGGAGGACGAUUAUGACCCUAAUGUCCAGGAGGUGGCAGCUGUGUGUCUGCAGACACACUGGCGGGGUUACAGGGAACGUCAGAGGUUGAAGAUGUGGAGGGAGGCUGCCCUGGUGCUACAGAGGGCAUGGAGGUCGUGGCUCUAUCGGCGCUGUACGGCAGCUUUGGUUAUUCAGGCGGCCUGGCGCUGUCAUCGAGCACGAGAAGCCUACUUACGUCUGUAUGCCGCUGUGGUACAACUACAGGCGUUAAGCAGAGGCUACCUCGCCAGGCAGAGCUUCAGAAAACUGAGAGAACAGAAGCUGAGGGAGAAGAAGGAGCAACAGGAGCAGCUGCUUCAGCUACAGAAUGGCCAGGUGAGCCUCUCGCCAGAAGACGAAGAGGAGCCACCUGAGAGGAUCAUGGGAUUGGACCUCAGCACGUGGGAGGACCGUUCCUAUGAGGAACGGGAAAGGACUCUCCAAAUCCUCAGCAGCCUUGAUGGAGCAGUUAAGGAGGAAGGUGAAGGAAGAGAACAUACCAGGGCGAACGAGAGCUCACCUAAAGAAUACUCUGAAACACCUGCCUCAUUCCCGACAUCCACAGUGGUGGUGCGAGAGAAGAUCAGAACUGUAGACGAGCCCGGCCAGAAAACCACUCGAGCCAAGAGAGAGAGCCGACGGAUGAGAGAGCUGGAGCAGGCCAAGUUCAGCCUGGAGCUCCUCAAGGUCCGGGCAACCAGCGGUGGAGCCUCGUCCCCCUCAGAGGAAAGACGCUGGUCUGUUGAGCUGGUGCCCCCCACCACUCCACCUCUGCGUUCACCCCAGGGCACGCCUGACAGCCAGAGCUCCAAAGGCAGCUUUGAGCUUCUCAGUAUAGAUGACGAGCCUCCCAAGGCUAUAGAAGAAGUGACGGACAGUGAGGAUCUCUGCUCCCCUGUUGUCUCAGUAUCUCCAGCACCAGAGCCAAGUGAGGAGAUCAUCUCAACAAGCCCGAAGCCAGAUGAACUGAACAGGACAGAGGUUUUUGAUGCUGUUGCCCACCCUGGUGACCAGGACCAGCCAAAAAUUGAUCUGGCAGCCCCCUCUACUACACAUCCGCCCAAAAUCGAGAACUACCUCCCUACCUUUUACGUCCCUACUAGUGAGACCACCACGGUCAUCUCACGUCGUCCUGCUGAAGAGCCUCAACAAAACACGGAGGCAGCCGUCUCUACAACCACCACAUCCACCACCACUGUUAUCCAACCUCUCAAAGAAAGGCGAGAGUCAACACGUCGACCAGUGGUGGUGGUUAUAAGCAUGCAGAAAGAAACCCCGCUAAGUGAAGAGCUGAGCGGUAUGGUCCGUCCCCCUGUAGAGGUUCGAGAUUCGGCAGCCCAGACAGGGGAGUUGACACCAUCACCACUGAAACCAGGCCCAGCUCCUGCGCCUCAAGGUCCUGUCCCUGUUUCCACUGCUGUCGCUCAGGCUGACCAGACUGUCAUAGAGAAGCUGGUACGACUGAAUGAGGAGAAGGAGGAGAGGCAGCGUAAUCAACAACAGCAGAAUGAGAAGGAGAUGAUGGAGCAGAUAAGACAACAGAAAGAGGUGCUGGAGCGCCAGCGCCUUUUCUUCGCUCAGUACGAGAGAGACAUGUUUGAGAAACAAAGGGGAGAAGCUCUGCAGAGGAUACAACAGAGCCGACAGGGGGGACAAGAUGUUGGUGGAACCGCCACAUCCGGCAAGCCGCUCAGACCCAGCUCUCUGCUGAUUGAGAGGACAGCAGGGCUAGCUCCUUACGGCAGAACCCGAUCAGACUCCGAUGCCCCAUCAGUGCAUUCUCCUGCAGGGGCGGACAUCCAGGGCAGCGCCCCUCAUCCCCAGCUGCCUCCUCCACCUGCUUCUGUUCCCAGAGAAAGACGCAAGGAGAGCAGGCCUGUUGCUGAGGGCUGGGCACCCAAACUCACCCUGGAGUCCAAAGAUGGAGGAGGGACCAGAGUGAGAGCAGCCACCAAGAAGGCUCAAAGUAAUCAGGGCACCACAGUUAGCAUGACGGACAAGCCAGGCAACAUCUUCUACUCUCCAAAGGACAAAGUGACAUUUACAAAGUUUGACAGUGAUGCUGUUGCUAAAGAGACGCCUGUAGCCAUUCCCAGAGAGGGACCCACACCGGUUUCCAAGCCUUCUAAAGGAACAAAAGCACGGGAUGUUGGCAGAGCGGGCCAAAAAAAGAAAGCCAGAAUGGCACGGACCCGCUCCGACUUCCUCACCCGCGCCCCCAGCCUUUCAGUUGGGGGCGAUUCAGAUGAGGAUGACUAUGAGGGUGACAGUCCCGUCAGCCCCCGACAUUACACUCUACCCCUCUCCAAACAGAGCUCCACGGAGGCAGGCUUAGGACAGUCCUGUUUCAGUGACUCAGACAUGCCUACAAGCUCUCAAGAGGAGAAGAAGAUACACAAAGCUAUGUCGUCAGGAGAUUUAGGAAAAGUGGACACGCUGCGCAAGAGCUCACAGGAUGGAAGGGUUCGUGGUAAGAUGCGCUUCUGGGGCAAGACCAAGUAUGGUGAUAAGAAGACAUCCAGAGAAAAGCUGAUUUGUGGUGCUGAUUCCUUAGAUGGAGACUAUGGAGACACUGGGCCAUUACUGGGAGAGGGUCAGGAAAACAUGUCGCCUCCCUGCAGUCCCGAUCUGACGUUGGAUCGAGGGUUCAGAGACUUGAAAGAGAACAAGGAGCCUUCUCCCAAGGUGAAGCGAAGGCGCAGUGUUAAGAUCAGCAGCGUGGCUCUAGAACCGGCUCAGUGGCAGAACGACGCGCUGCAGAUCCUCACCUGCACCAACGACUACAGGAGCAUGAACGACUUCCUUAUGAAGAAGAUCAAUGACUUGGACACAGAGGACAGUAAGAAGGACACCAUGGUGGACGUCGUAUUUAAAAAGGCUUUGAAGGAAUUCCGUCUAAACAUUUUCAACUCCUACUCCACAGCGCUGGCGAUGGACGACGGUAAGAGCAUCCGCUACAAAGACCUCUAUGCUCUGUUUGAGCACAUCCUGGAGAAAACCAUGCGCCAGGAGCAGAGGGACUGGAGCGAAUCUCCUGUCAAAGUUUGGGUCAACACCUUUAAGGUCUUCCUGGAUGAGUUCAUGACUGAAUACAAACCUAUGGACGGCACACUCACCAAGCAAGUACCUAAACCUGAACGCAAAAAACGAAGGAAAAAAGACACAGACAUUGUGGAGGAGCAUAAUGGCCACAUCUUCAAGUCCACCCAGUACAGCAUCCCCACGUACUGUGAAUACUGCUCAUCGCUCAUCUGGAUGAUGGACCGUGCCUGUGUGUGCAAAUUGUGCCGGUACGCCUGCCACAGAAAGUGCUGCCAGAAGAUGACCACUAAAUGCAGUAAGAAGUUUGACCCGGAGCUUUCCUCCAGACAAUUUGGAGUGGAAGUUUCUCGUCUGACAAAUGACGAGAGGACGGUGCCCCUGUUUGUGGAGAAACUUAUCAACUACAUUGAGAUGCAUGGCCUCUACACUGAGGGGAUCUACCGGAAAUCUGGCUCCACCAAUAAAAUCAAAGAACUCAAGCAGGGACUCGACACAGAUGUGGACAGCAUGAAUCUGGAUGACUACAACAUCCAUGUCAUCGCCAGUGUUUUCAAGCAGUGGCUGAGAGACCUGCCUAAUCCUCUGAUGACAUUUGAGCUGUAUGAGGAGUUUAUACGUGCCAUGGGUUUGCAGGAUAAAAAGGAAAUGAUCAGAGGGGUAUAUUCAGUUAUUGACCAGCUAAGCAGAACUCACCUGAACACCCUGGAACGACUCAUAUUUCAUCUUGUCAGGAUUGCCUUGCAAGAGGACACAAACCGUAUGUCAGCUAACGCCUUGGCUAUAGUGUUUGCUCCCUGUAUCCUGCGCUGUCCUGACAGUAUCGAUCCACUGCAGAGCGUCCAGGACAUUAGCAAAACCACAGCGUGUGUAGAACUUAUCAUUUGUGAACAGAUGAAUAAGUACAAAGUACGACUAAAGGACAUCAAUACCCUGGAGUUUGCUGAGAAUAAGGCCAAGUGCAGACUGACCCUCAUCCGACGGUCGAUGGGAAAGGGCCAUGUACAGCGACUAAGCUACCACACACCCUCGCCUCCAGUCAGUCCACGGCUACCCCCUGUGACAGACGCUGUGAUAGAAGAGAGUGGGGGUGAAGAGGGAGCGGACUCGUUUUCCGAAAUCUCAGAGCAUCAGCAAGCAGCCAUGCAGCAGGAAGAGAGAGUGUUGACAGAGCAAAUUGAAAGCCUGCAGAAAGAGAAAGAGGAGUUGACUUUCGAGAUGCUGACUCUGGAGCCACGAGCAUCAGAUGAUGAGACUCUGGAGUCAGAGGCCUCUAUCGGUACAGCUGAUAGCUCUGAAAACCUCAAUGUGGACUCUGAGGGAACCAUAUCUGACUUCUGUGAAAGAGGUCCGGUAUUGACUUCCCCCUGGCCUCGGAGAUCUGACGGGAAGAGCCCCCGACACCGCGCUCUCAGACGGCAGCCUGACUCCCUUGACUCUGUGGACUCUUGCUCCACCGUUUCAUCCUACUCCUCCUCAUCACACUUUAACGCAUCGUCGUCCUCUUCCUCCGCCACCACCCGGCGCUUUCGAUUCCACUCCAAAUCUCCCUCCUUAGGCUCAGGACCGGCCCAGGCUCAGGCCGCGAACGCCUCACAAGCCUCUCGCUCAGACUGCAUAGACAGUAGCCCUACAGUAGAGCCGGAAGGCGCUUAUGACGAAAGGCCCCAGUUUACCAGCCGAGGCACCUUCAAUCCAGAGAAAGGCAAACAGAAACUUAAAGGGGCCAAGCAUUCAACCCUGAGGCACACCAGAGAAGGCGGUGGACACAGCAGGGACCCACCAGACCUACCGCAGCAGCUGGUAUUGUAUGGCAGUAAUGAAUUCAUGGUAUGAAGGACACUGGGACACCAAAGCACUCCCUAUUCAACUCCCUGGCAGGCAUGUUCUCCAUGGGAGGUAACACGAUGGUCACUCCUCAAAGCACUCUUGCUUAGCCUUUCUUUGUUGAAAUCUGCAGAGAAUUGUCCCCAAGUGCCGUGUACAGUGUUUCCACCUCCAGAGGGGGGAAGAUGUUUGGCAGAGGGACAGGAAUGAGUGGAAGGGCUCCUCUUCUGUGGACUAAACUGUCACCCAAGCUCUCACAGUGCCUUGGCAGCUCUUUACUCAGCGCCAAGAGGAGACACAGUGAGCAGGAGGACAGAGUAAAGGGAAUGUUGGAAUAAGCGAAUGACCACUCAGCAUCAGGGAAUGUUACGGAGCUGGAAAGCUGAAGCAGUGUACCACAGUAAAUAAGAAGAAACCAGGCAACAUCAGGAGUCGCUGAUGUUGUAGUGAACUUAUAGCUCACAAUUAUUAGCUGCUUAAUGAGUUUACAGUUCAUAACAAUCAGUGUAAACAGUGGUUGCUCUGUUAUUACAAAUGUAUUUUUCCCUUACAUUUAUUUAAUAAAUUUUAAUGUCACAGAAAUUCUUUAUAGCAUAUAAUAUACAGGUAUAAAUACUGUACAAAGCCGGAACACCAGCCUCUGCUGGGUAGUUGAAGUCAAAUAUUUAUCUUUUUUUUUUUUUUUUUUUUGAGUAUCUUGGACAGAGAUGUACGGAUUUGGGCAGUGGAUGAUUUAUGUGUGUGUGCAUGUGCCAAGCACUCAUGAGUGACUGUACAGUACGUAUGUGUGAGAACGAGAAAAAAAACCACUUCAUGUGUUUUUAAAGUUUGUGCUGCUUUUUCCCUCUACAAGGGAAAUACCGCCAUCAAAGGGACCAAGUCAGCUGGUGUGUAUUCCAGCCAAGGGGAUCCCAGCUCUGUAAAGAAUGUCGGAUGUGUAUAAAAUCCCUGCAUUCACUGCUUAACAGCCAUACAACAGUUGUAAUGUACAGUACAGUUCAUAUGUACAGUAUAGUGAACAAAAAUGCCAUUCUAUUCUUAAAAUCUAUUGUUGCCCCCCCACUCCCAAAUCCUUCUCCACCUCCUGUCUCUGAAGUGUUUGCUCAAUAGCAACCAAGCAAGAACAUAAAACCA